AUGGAAUUUAGAGAGUUUGCAGUUCUAACUAAGUUUGCUAGUACAUCAAUUGUGCCUAUGGAUGUGAAAACCAGAUGGAAUGCUACUUAUAAAAUGUUUGAUGUUGCAUUGAAGUAUCAGAGGGUGUUUGAGAGGAUGGCUGAAGAAUGGGUGCCUUUUAUGAACUAUUUUUCUGAAAAGAGUGAAAAGGAGUAUAAGGAAAUGAAUGGAACAUCGAGUGUGGGAGGACAAAAUAUGGAGAUAGAGUGUAGUAGUGGAAAUGGUUUUAGCGGCGGUGGCUGUGGUCUUUGUGAUGAAUUAUUUGAAUGUGUGAAUGCACAAAAUGAAGAAGAUCAUCUUGAAGAGAUCUCUAAUGAAGUUGAUAAAUAUCUAGCCAAUGAUAUUGAGAAACAGUCUAAUCCAUCUUUCAAUCUUUUGGAGUGGUGGAAGGGAAGUGAAACUAAGUAUCCUGUUCUUUCAAUGGUUGCAAAAGAUAUUUUUGCAAUUCCAAGUUCAACGGUGGCUAGCGAGUUUUCGCUUUUAGUUUGGGAAAAAGAGUUGUGGAUCCCUUUAGAAGUAAUUUAA